CCAAUAAAUAGCCUUAACCCUAGGCUAUAUCUUCUCUGGGACAUGUAUUACCCCAACCCCACGCCAUCCAAGCCCCACCAACCACCAACCAACCAAACUUCGCCCCACACAACUUCGACAAUGAGCCAAAAGAACGGAUGUUUUGUUGACGAUUUCUGUUCCAAACCAAACCAUGUCUAGUACUAGUAGUAGCCCCGAGAAGAAGCAUGGCUCCAAGAAACACGCAAGGCUGGAUCCGUCGACUCCUUGGUUGAUUUCCGAUUCGUUGAGCGAGCAUCAUGUGUCUCGGAACAAACGGCUCAAAGCCAUGGUCAAGGAGACGCCUUGGGCUGACCAGUGGGAAUUCGAGUCGGUAGGACGUUCCCUCAUUCAUGCCGCUCGAAUCUUACCCCAACGACGAGACGACAACAACCUAUCUUCCUUGCAGCAAGCACUCCGUCGCGUAUCGGUCUGGAAACUGCGAGGCACCAAUCGACUCCCUCAUGCCGUCGAAUCGUCUUAUCAACUCGCGCAAUGUCUGUGGAAUGAUUACUAUUACUGCAGUAAAGAACGCCGUGGAGCAGAAGAAUUGCGACUGGCUUACGGUUGUUCGAUCUUGCGGUCCAUCAAUGGUCUCGCCGAUAAGAUGCAACAAACGCGCUAUCAUGCCGGCAGUGUAGCCAUGCUGUGUGCCGAAUUGGGCGUGCCGUCGUGGUUGGUGGAUAUUCGACACGAUUCCACACACAAUCAAAUACCCACCUUGAGUGUGCUGCGACUCUCCGCGAUAACCCUGCUGGAAUACUAUCAUCAAGAAUUUUGGGUGCCACGAAUGUCACACGACGAGACGGCCCAUCUCAUGGAACUCUUGCAAGACUAUCAACAGAGUCAACAACAACAACAAGUCACGCUCCUGAUCGAGGAGGCACCACCAUCCACCACUCCCACGGCAUCAUCACCACCCAACAAGAAUACAGUGGCAAGUUCUGCCAAAACUAGUAGAAAAAGCCCGGAUGACAGUUCCUCAACGGAUAGUGAUGAUGAUGACGAAAGCGAGGAAGAAGUCUAUGUGGAUGGAUUGAACCCUUCCUCCACUUCUUCGUUCUGGCGCCCUCCUGCGGCACAAUUGGGAACCAAUGUCAAUCGCUUUGCCGCACUUGUAAAGAACGACAAAGACAAGGCCAAUAAAAAGAAGCCAACGAAACCACCCAAAACGAUUGCUGCGCCUCCAGCAAAAAAAAAGAUCAAGACAACAGGUCCAUCGGCACAUCACAUGGCCAUGAAAUUUGUCAAGGCGGCCCGGAGCCACUGGGAGUUGGCGCAACACACGGCACUCUUAUUUUUAGUGUGGGGUGACAAAGGCGCUGCUGCGGCAUUGAUUCCAACAGACAACAGCAACGUGUCAUCACCACAGACCGAGGAGGGCAUUCAGACCAUGCGAAAACAGUAUACCCCAUUGUUGAGUGUACUGGGGAAACAGUGGCCUGGAUUCCUGCCAGCUCUCAUGACACACUUGGUCGAUCACAUCUUGUUACUGAAUCAGGAAUCGUCGUCCACAAAUAGUACUGGUGGAACAGACGACUCAUCCGCUCCGGCCAUGAUGGAAUCAUCACGACAAUCUACUAGUACGGAACGCAAACUGUUCUUUUUAGAGUCCUGGGUGAGAUACUUGGUCUCGCGCGAGUUUGUUUCCAAGGUUCAUGCCGUGCCGAAAUCGUCGAGAUCUACGAAAGCACCCUGGGCGGUCCUGCAAAAGAUGUGGUGUCCUUUGAACAGCUUGUGCGACCGGCUCGUCGUGGCAUCAUCCGCUGAAGGAUCAGCAUUGCCGACAAUCCAACGACUAGCCGAGUACUUGGAACUUGUUUUGGGUAGCAACCGGGUUGCAAAUUUUGGUGUAGAGUACCCCCAAGAAGGCAAGGAGCCACAAAAAGAUUGUGACGUCAAAGUGGGGGGCGAAACUAGCCAAACGUCAGUGGAAGCUUUGAAAGACACGGUUGAAACGCAGAAGGAAAGUGCUGUCAAACCACCAGUUUCCAAAGAAGCAAAAAAAAAUGCAAACCUUUCAUUAGACGAGUUGGAAGCUAUGCUGUUCAACGCCGACAGCAACAAAGGGGAGGAAGGGUCGCAUCCAGUCUCGAACGCCGCAUCAGGGCUGCCAACUGAGAGCAGCAAGGUCGACGCUGAAAGCCAGAAGAAAGUCACUCUGCCGCAAACCAAACAACGGACUGCUUGGGUGCGUUGUGCUGUGUGGGAGCCAUGUGCCAUCGGAACUCUUCCAGGACACCUGAACUAGCUAGUCUUAACAACCUAACACUGCUCUCAAGCCCACCCAACUCUAUCUUUAAGUACAUACAUGCU